AUGCCCUCGCCCAUUGUCACCGCGACCUGCCAGGCCGCCGGGCUUUCGACUGUCUCGAACCUGCUCGCCCAGAUCAUCGAGGCCCGCCAAGAGAGUCGCCCGUUCGUCUUUGAUUUCACACAGCUCCUUCGCUUCGUGGCACUGACGCUCAUCACCGCGCCACCCAAUUUCGUCUGGCAGCAGCUGCUCGAGAAGACGUUUCCGGCGUAUCUGCCCGCGACACCCGCGCAGCAGCGCAAGGAUGACAUUGAGAUGAAAGCUGGCGUCGGCGAGGGCAUCCUUGACGGCGACCCGGGCGCGCAGCGAGGCCAGGAAAGGUCGGAACGGUUCAGCCUGCGAAACACCCUCACAAAGUGGUUUGUGGACUGCAUGACCAUGGGUGCCAUCAUGAACACCAUUGCUUUCUUGGUCAUCAUGGGUAUUAUGAAGGGGCAGGGCGGCGCGCAGAUCAUGUCGAACAUUAAAACGGAAACCAUUCCCAUCAUCGUAGCUGGGUACAAGAUCUGGCCAAUUGCGUCGAUCAUCAGCUUCUCUUUCAUUCCCGUCCACAGACGCAUCGUUUUCUUGAGUUUUGUUGGCUUGUUGUGGGGAAUCUACAUGAGCCUGGUGGCCUCCAAAGUUUGA